AAUUCAGUUUGGGAAAGGGCACAAAACUUGGGUUGAAAUGCUGUGCCCAAUCCUGUUUCACUAGUAUCGGUUGAGCCUCCGGUCCGGUUCAAUAAAUUAGUAAAGUAAAAUUGUGAAACCCAAUUACUCUCUAUUUCCUCCGCGAAAACCAAAAUAGAUUGACGGUGAACAAUUCAAAGAAAAACAAAAACCCCAAUGGAACCGGGAGCUAGAAGAAGCGGAGGCGGCGUAUGGGAAGGUCUCUACAGAGUUUUUAUGCGCCGUACCUCCGUCUAUGUCACCUUCGUCGUCGUAGGCGCUUUCCUUGGCGAACGCGUGGUGGACUAUGGGGUUCAUAGGCUGUGGGAGGCCAACAAUGUCGGGAAGCGAUACGAGGAUAUUCCAGUUUUGGGACAGAGACAAUCUGAAUGAAGAGCAUCCUCAGCUAUCAGUCUGCUUGCUUGUCUGCAUCCUGGAUUUAAAUGAUAAUUCUUGUUUCGAUCUUCCAAUAAUUGUUACCACCAUGCUGGCCACGCUUGGGAUCACUGUAAACUAUAAAAGCAGUUGAAUUUGCAACUGUAUUUUUUUGCUUUAUGAUAGGUCUUUUUGCUAGUUUGAGAUGCAUUUGCUUAUGCUAAAUAUACAAGAGUUCCUUGAUGCCAA